UUUCACUCUUUCCAACCUUGGAAUGUUUGGUGUUGAUCGCUUUGAUGCUAUUCUGCCACCUGGAACUGGAGCAAUAAUGGCUGUGGGAGCUUCAGAGCCUACCGUUGUGGCAACCAAGGAUGGUCGAAUUGGCAUCAAGAGCCAGAUGCAGGUCAAUGUUACGGCAGAUCAUCGAGUAAUCUAUGGUGCUGAUCUGUCUGAAUUCUUGCAAACUAUGUCAAAGAUUAUCGAGGACCCUAAAGAUCUUACUUUCUAGUCUCGCUUUCCUCUCUUCAAAUGGUACAUUUUUUUGGAGCCUGUGAAAAAUGUCAUCGUUUGUUCCUAGUAUUAGGUGUCUUUCUUCCAGUUAUAAUCCUGGUCAUGGGAUUUCUAAUUGCUGUCACUCAGAAUUCAGGAGCCAAUCACCAUGCAGGCAAGUUUUUACAAGGAACAGAAACAGAGAACAGGGCCAGAGUCUUGAAUAGGGAAGCUAUGUCUAGUUUUUUACUUAAAAUGAAAAUCAGUCUAAAUGCCCUUUUCCUUUUUCCUUUAAAUUCGUAAUUAUAAAAAUAAAAUAAAAAAUUUCUGUUGAUUAUUGUUCAACAACAAUGUCCGUUGUUUACGCAAGCAUGGAAGUUGGUUUGCAAUUUUAUGUCUCUAGAAUGUUGAACUGCAGAAGUUUGAAUUAUGUGGCAAUAUAAUUUA